UGGUUCUUCAACGACUGUCUUUCGUCCAACCUAAUAUUUCAAAAAAAGAACGCCAAACUCGGCAAAACACACGCAAUAGGGAAAAUGCAACGCGUUGGUGGUGCUUCAGGCCCAUGGUACAUAUGGAGACUGCCGUGUCCGCGCUUACUGUGUUCAUUCAAUCUACGGCGUUCAUCGGUCUCGCUCAAAGAGUAGGAGGGCAACAUGCCACUAUGGAAUCCAGUCAGAACUAAGGUGCACCUCCGGAUGGCAAUUCAGCGCCUUCAAACCCUCAAAGAGAAGAAAGAGGCACUAGCUAAGGUUGCUCGAAGGGAUAUCGCCACGCUCAUCGAGCGCAAAAAGCUCGAGACUGCUCGAAUUAAAGUGGAAACAAUCAUCCAUGACGAUACCUACAUCGAACUUUUGGAGGUUCUAGAGUUAUAUUCAGAAAUCUUAUUAGCGCGGUUCGGGCUCUUGGAAAAUGGCAGUGGUUUUCGGGAGCCCGAUCCAAGCAUCAGCGAGGUAAUCAUUGGGAUUGUCCAUUCUGCCCAUCGGACAGAGAUUAAAGAGCUCCAUUUCGUGCGAGAAUCGCUCAUGACCAGGUUUGGAAGGGAUUGGUCGGUUAAUGUGAUGGAAAACAAAGAUUCCUGUGUCUCGACAAGAAUUACUGGGAAGCUGAAAACAGAGACACCACCUUCAUCACUUGUCGAUGCAUACCUUGGCACCAUUGCUGAAGGGUACGGGCUUCCUUGGACGUUUACGGUGCCGCCGAAUGCCGCUCCCGGAGCUGAAGCUUUGUCAGACUUGAACCACGAUCAACCUCCGGAAAUCGUGUUGGGGGCAGUAGCCCGCAAUGACCAGAGCUCAUCGGAUAAAGGCGACCCUUCCGUGAAACCUGCGCGCCAUAUCUUGCCGAAAGCUUCUACCACAGCAGGUCCAGAGUCAAACAAGUCUACUACUUUCCCCUCGCCUCCAAAGCAACCUCCCCCCUAUUCGAGCAGUGUGAAAUCUAACGGACGUGGUGAUGACGAUGGCGAUGACAAUGAUGAUCUCUUGAGGCGGUUCGAAGCUUUGAAGACACGUCAUUAGCAAUUUCUGCAUCUACCCCUCCAUUCUGUCAUGUAAUUCUUGUACAAUUAACGAUUAGCAAUAAGGAGGUUGUGUAGUUAGCAUUGGGGACAGACAUAGUGAUGUCAUGAGGGAGCAAUUGAAUUAAUUUCAAUCUGG